AGAAGGAAACCACGGUAUCUCUUCAGCUACUCCCGCCGCCACCUCCGCCGCCUUGGUCAUGGAUUUGUCCGCCCUUGGCUCCGACUACCACCAACGUCAAGCUCACAACGAUUCCUCCCAAUCUCAGCACGAUCCCUACUUCGCUAAACACUCUCACGAUGCGUCGUCAUAUCAUCAACUACGGUUCGAGACUACUACCUUUCAUCCCCCUCAACGCCUUCUACAAGACUCCUCCCCCCGGUUCCGGCCCGGCUCCAUCUCCCGCCACUGCCCAAUUGGCACAGGAUUCCUCCCAUCACGUGCAUUAGCACUACCAGGACCAGCCACACGACGUGAUAAUGUUGGUGCUUACUGAAGCCGCCGCGGACGCAUUUUCUAGGACCAUCGGCGCUGCGGAGCUUGCCAUGGCUGAGAUCAAUGAACGGCUGUGGCAUGGCAAGGGAGUGGGUAUGAUACCGUCGCUAGUUCAGCAUCAUCAUCACUUACAACUCCCGCAUGCGCACCAAUAUCACCAGCGUUCCCUCCCGACGAUGCAGCACGGAGUCAUAUCGAUCAGCCCAGUGAUUGGUGAUAGAGCUCACACAAAGGUGGUGGUGGUGGUAGAAGAGGUGACAGAGGUGAUUCCAGUAGCCAGAGUUCAAGACAAGACGCUGGAGAUCCUCCUUUCCACUCCUGAUCAUUGAUCAUCUUAUCCUACACUUGCACUAGUUAUGCGAACUUCUGCAUCAGAUAUUGCCCAAGCCCCAGGCCAACACCCAGCAGAAGUUUCGGUGGUUGCUUCUACAUUUAAAUGGCACAAUAUCCUGCCUAUUGCCUGGUGUGAUAUUUGUAGGGUUAACUGUGACAGCUUGGAAAUUCUGGAGCAGCAUAAAAAUGGAAAGCAGCAUAAGAAGACCAUGCAGAGAUCUGAACAUAGACAAGCUCAGGUGAAACUAAUGGUUGAAUCACUAGUGAAGAACAUUUCCAAGCCUAAGAUAGUCCGUCCAUGGGUUCCAGAAGUGAAGACUACUCAAGUGGGCGAAGCAAACAAAAGCUGUCCACUGGUGUGGGAUCAGAACACUGCCUCUGUCUUAGCACACAAUGAUGCAAAAAUUGUUCUUGAUCAAGUAGUUGAUGAAGCAUACAAAUUGUACGAUGGGAAUUUGAGAUUGAGAAAGCUUUAGACCCAGCAAUUGGCGAAGUGAACAAAGCCUCGGGUUCAUUGGAAAACAUACCAUCCAGAGUCUUAAGCACAAGGUGCAAUGUCAAAUCCAAACAUCUGGAUAAUGAUCAUGAGUAACGUUCGAGGCAUGCCAAGGUUCAAAUGCCAUUACCUAAUGCAAUGUUUUCUGAGGUGCCACUAUCCAAUGUAAUGCCAUUAUACGAUACAAUUUUGUUAGAGAUAUCACUAUCCGGUGCAAUGCUGGCCGAGGACUGUAAUAUUGCUAAUUAUGCUGGCGCAACUAGAAAAAUAGAAUGCCUUUCCCUAAAUAAGUAACCAGAAUAUGAUGAUGAGGUUUGAACAUGGUGGGAAAUGUUUCAGUUACUUUGACCCAGCUACAGGUCACCUCCUGAGCGUCAAGAAGCAACGAAGGGUCUGCCCUUGUGUAAUGUGAUGUCUGAUAUAUUAUCUGGGUUUGAGUGUCAUUUGUUUGGUAAGAAGCACUUGUCUUGGAUCAAAAGGUUCUAAAGACCAGGGUUCUGUGUAUAUGUAUUCCUUCCAACCAACAUAAAGCGUAUCAUUCCGUUGAGAAGAGCUAUGAAAUGCUCCUACAGGAGUCCCUCCCCUGAACUGAAUGACAUGUCAUUAGAUUUUUCUGGUUACGAGCAGCACUUUAAUCAAAGCUGAGCAGAUGUAAAAUCUGAAGAUGAGAUGGAUGGGUCCCAGAUCAAACAAGAAUUGGGAGAACAGAAAGAUGAAUCUCCGCCCACUAAUAUCUUUGAUGUCAAAGGCCAAAAUAAGAGUUUAGAGUCUCUGGUCACACGAUUUAUUAGUCAGCCACCUGUGACUUGUGCAACAAUCAAACUUGGAAGGAGUGAAUGAGGGUGUGAUCACUCUCCUGGCCGCAGAUAAUGCACUUCCUGUUCCAGUUUAUGGUUGAAGUUGAGCAAUGGUCUCUCGCUUGUGGAUCAUGUACAGCGAGUAUUACAAAUUUUUAGGGUACCUGUUCAGUAAGUCGGUUUAUCAAGACUUUAUUGACAGAAUAUUAUAUCCAGAACGUCAGUUUAUAUGUCUUUACUCAACAAUCCAACAGGUAUUGGCCGAAACGCAUCCGUUGGAAAGGGCGGUGUACACCAUCCAUCCCUAAACCACUAAUAACUCUCAUGGCGGACGAUCUCGACCAACUUCUCGAUAGUGCUCUCGAUGAUUUCUCCAAAGUAGAUCUAGACCAUGUGCAGAGGAGUGGUGGCGCUCCGGCGUCGUCUUCGACAGCGACCGUGCAAGGGUUGGGGAUGGGGUUGCCUGGAUUGAAGGCAAAGAAGAAAGGUAAGGAGAGGGUUGCUGGUUCGGUGAAUAAUGCUUCUUCACGUGCUUCCGAGGCUCUGGAGAAGCUGACCCAGCAGACACGCGAGGCUGUGCGCGGGCUGGAGUCUGCUACGGCCGCAUCGGGCACGGGAGGAGCGGGUGGUGUUGGUGGUUUGGGGAAGGAUGAGGAGGGGAUGGUGGAGGAGUUUGUCAAACAGUUUGAGCAGCUCUCUGAGUCUCAGGACGUAAAUUCCCUUGUUGAAACAAUGAUGCAACAGCUUUUGUCUAAGGAGAUUCUCCAAGACCCAAUGAAGGAAAUUGGAGAAAGAUACCCCAAGUGGUUGGAGGAUCACAAAAGUGGAUUGAGCCUGGAAGAAUAUGAAAGAUAUCAUCACCAAUAUGAGAUCAUUCUGAAGUUGAAUGAAGUUUAUGAGCAUGAUCCGAAUAACUACAAAAUGAUUGUCGAUCUAAUGCAGAAAAUGCAGCAAUUGGGUCAUCCUCCAGAUGAUAUUAUUCAGGAGCUUGCCCCUGCCUUUGAUCUGAGCAAUCUUGAUGGUCAAUUGAACCCGGAGCUGCCUGAGUCUGCUUCAGAUUGUUGUAUAAUGUGAAAUGAACUAUAUAAAGUUUUUACAUUUUUUAAAAAUAUGUCUUAUUCCAAUAUUGCAAAAUAAGCUAAAAGGUAUGUACCGUUUAUUCUCA